AUGUUGGCAGCUUCCUGUCUGAUUAUGAACGAACCUUUUCUUACUCUCUUGAAGACCUGGGAAGGAAAUGUGUUAGCACUCACUGGCAUGAGCCGAAAGAACCAGAAUCCCGUUAAUGGUCUUUGCAAGGUGUUAAAAGUAAAAGUAUUUGCCUUUCUCAAGUACUCUCUAUCCAAGAAUCUCAAAGAGGUUUAUGGAGCCUCCCAAAUCACUUCCAAAUACCAUAGAAUUUUAGAACACUUGAGGAGGCACGGGCGGCGGCCGUCCAAGAAGAAGCGGCACUGGAAGCCCUACUACAAGCUGAGCUGGGAGGAGAAGAAGCAGUUCGACGAGCGGCAGAGCCAGCGCGCCUCCCGCCUGCGGGCCGAGAUGUUCGCCAAGGGGCAGCCCGUGGCGCCCUACAACACCACCCAGUUCCUGAUGGAGGAUCACGACCAGGAGGAGCCGGACCUGAAGACGGGCCUCUGCCCCAAGCGGGUGGCCGCCAAGUCGGAUGACACCAGCGAGGAGGACUUCCUGGAGGAGGCGGCGGCGGAGGACGGAGGCAGCGACGGGAUGGGCGGCGAUGGCAGCGAGUUUCUCCAGAGGGACUUCUCAGAGACUUACGAGCGGUACCAUGUGGAGAGCCUGCAGAACAUGAGCAAGCAGGAGCUGAUCAAGGAGUACUUGGAGCUGGAAAAAUGCCUUUCCAGGAUGGAAGAUGAGAACAACAGGCUGAGGGUGGAAAGCAAAAAGUACGGGGGGGACUCGGCAGAGGACUCUCGGGUAAGAGAACUGGAGCUGGAACUGGACAGAUUGAGAGCCGAGAACCUGAAGCUGUUGAAAGAGAAUGAACUUCACAGACAAGAGAAAUCGCUUUCCAAGUUUGGAGAGUGAGACUUCUGGGGCAGCGACAGGGGGCGGGAUUUCUACCGGGAUGGAAUGUAACAUUAUAUACAUGUGUAUAUAUAAACAGUGGAUCCUUUUUAUGAAACAUAAUCGGAAUAAACCACAGCCUUGUAUUGUUUUGGAAGCUAUAGCCGUAGUGUAGUGUGUGCGUGUUCUGUUAACUAUGUGCAACUGAGAAUCCUCCCCCUUUUUUUAAAGAUAAAUGUGACUCAAGGGGAGGGAUGUCUCUUUUGAUGUGCAAGUAAAUUUGACUCCACUUAUGCAUUUUAUGUUUAAAACAAAAGGGAAAAAUCCAGGGGAGGGGAAAAACCUAGGGACUUGUAAAUCGGCCAAAUUCUGAAAAAUACAAUUCAUUAUAGAGUUCUAAUAAAUCUAAAUACUUGUAAAUGUAACAGUUUCAGUGUGAUUUCUAGAAAAAUAUUCAAAAUAGCAUUCUCCUUUAUGGGAAUAUGUUUUGAAUAAUUUCUAAAGUGAUACUUGUAUUUGUAAAUGGUCUAAUUGCCUAUGGGUUUUUUAAGGUUAGGUUUCAUUCUUUUGCAUCUCUGCUGCCUACAGAACUUCAAAUUCUAACCCCAGUAAUGUACAUGAGUUCAUAUAAACUCAUUUUGCUUUCUGGUGCCUUAGCAAAUAUUUUUGUAACAAAAGUAAAUGCAAUAGGGUUGUUGGGCGAGUAGAUAGUUCUAUACUUUGCUUCUACUUCAUGUUUGUGUGUAGUCAUUCACAGCUUAUUGUAACAAAACAUUGAUAUUGGCCUGCCUUAAAUUUCAAGGACUCUUCUGAAUUUUAAUGUCUUUGUUGAUCUGUAGAGCUGCUAAGAACGUAAAUAAGCACUGCGUACAACAUUUAGAUAUGUUUAUUAUAAGCUGACUUGGUUUUCUUAAUAUUUUUAAACUACAGAACAGAAUGAUCCUUUAAUAAAUAGUAAAAUUAUG